AUGGCAGGCGAGGACUGGUUAGGCGAUGUGCCCAAAGAUGGCUGGCAGGCCACCCACAGCUGGAAGAUGCCUGAAUGGGUCGAACCUAUCAUCAUCAUUCUUAUACUCUUCCCGUCCAUGUACCUUACCAGGCGUCGGAACUACAGCGUCUUCCGUAGAGACAAGGACCACACCUACAAGCUGCUCGACGAGGUGGAAGCCGGUUCACCAUCGCCUCGGAGCUCGAACGAAUUCGAACUCCUCCCCAAGCCGGACGCGUUCCCUCCCAAGACUCGCUCGCUCUGUGGCUUCAUGCGCAUCCGCACGCCCAACUCCUCGCGCUUCGCGCGCAACGUGCACUCGCGCAUCCUACAAAAGUUCCCCUUCCUCGUGGAGAUGUUCUACUGGGCCAUCGCAUUGGCACUCUAUCGUGGAACGGGCGCCGUAGCUCAGCUAAUCUACGGCGGCCACCGUGAGAUGUGGGACUCGGCCGCCGACCAUGGUCUGGCCCUUCUCGAUGCGGAAGCGUACUUCUUCGGCAACGGCCACGAGGGCCCCAAGCGCUGGCUCGAAUGGCGCAUUCAGCGCUGGUUCCUGCACGGCUCCGAGGCUGGCGACUACCGUGUGUGGUUUUUGACGAUCCUCAACCGAGGAUAUGCUCUCAUCCACAUCCCCGGCACCGUCGGCUUCAUCUCAUACUACUACGCCACUGCGCCUACCCACCGCCGCUUCUGUACCGUCCGCCGCACGCUCACCCUGACCAACAUGCUCGCCUUUGUCAGCUUUAUCCUCAUUCCCACCUGCCCUCCUCGGCUCUUGGACGAGAAGUACGGCUUUGUGGACACUGUCAACCUCGAGUCGGCCGAAUCCGUGUGGAUGAGCGGCAAGUUUGUCAACAAGCUCGCUGCAUUCCCCAGCAUGCACUUUGGCUACGCCUUUUGCAUCGGUUGUGUGUUCAUUGCGGACAGCGGUGUUCUGACCGGCUUGAUCAACAAGGCUUUCAACUACGUUUUCCGCAGCAGCGACCCGGACGCAGAUGCAGAGGAGGAGGACGACGAAGAUCUCCUGCUUAAGAGACGCAGCCCACUGGUGCGAGGCCUCAUGUUCGCCUUUGGCCUCUGGUACCCGUGCUGGAUCCUACUUACCAUUGUGGGCACCGCCAAUCAUUACUUCCUUGAUGCUUUGGCUGCGGUCUUCACUGUCAUGGUUGCCUACGUCUUCAACCGCUUCCUGCUUGUUUUCCUUCCUUUGGAGGACUAUCUGCUAUGGGCCUGCCGCAUGGAUAAGCCCAUUCCUACCACGGGGCGCAUGAAGAAUCUGGUGGUUGAAUGA